AUGUCGCUGGCGCCGGUCCCGGCGGAAGACGAGAGCUUCCCCUUUCGGCUCACGAUCUGCCGGCCCAGUGUGGCCGGCCUCGAGGGCCUGCCCUUUGCGGAGGUGGUGUACAAAAAGCAGCGGCAUCUCGUGGUGCAGUGGCCCUACUUGCUGCCCUUCCAACUCAGCUCCGGGCACCUCACGGUGAGGGUCUUCCUGGCAGAGGAUGAGGGCGCCUUCCUGCAGCUGCGGCGGGAGGCGCUGGGCUGCGGCGAGGUGAGCCUGGAAAGCCUUGAGAGCUGCGCCCAGGAGAUGCAGGAGCUGGUGCUGCCGCUGUCCUGCGGCGCCUCGGUCCGCGUCUUGGCCCAGCGCCGCGCGCGGCUCCUGGCCGCCGCCUGGGCCCUCUCCGUGGCGGAGCGCGACGCCGCGGUCUUCGAGGCGGCGAGUCCGGCGGAGCCGCGGGAGGUCUGGAAGGAAAAGUACGAGAAGCAGAAAGAGGCAGUCGAGGCGUUGCGGAAGGAGCACGCGGAGAUCCUAGAAGGAUUGCAGGCCGAGAAGGCGCGGUCCCGCGCGAAGUCCACGGCGGCGGCGGAGCUCACGGGGCGCAUCCUGUGGCGUGCGGUGGCGGAUGUGGUGCUGCUGGCUUGGGCCCAGUGGGUGGCGCAGGAGAAGAGCCAGCGCCAGUUCAUCCAGCUCUCCGAGGACGCCCAAAUCUUCCAGGCCUCCAGCACCGAAGAGCGGCAUUUGGCGCAGCAGAAGCUGCGGCAGCUGCAGAGGGACAAGGACGGCGCCUUCUGCGAAGAGGCGAAGCUGCAGGAGCUCUGGUCCCUUCGCCUGGACGCCUGGGGCCGGCGCCUCGGGCCCGGCACUGGCAGGGACCGGGAGCUCGCGGCGCUGCAUUUCUCGUGGGGCGCCUGGCGCCUCCGCGUGCGGCGGCACCUGAAGCUGUGGCCACUGGCGGGGAAGGAGGCGCUGACCCUCCUCUUCCGCCACCUCCAGGCCUGGCGCCUCUGUGCCGCCUCCGGGCGGCGAAGGCACCAGGCCUUGGCUUUGGCGGAGGCGGAGCUGGCCGCCCUUGCGGCGGCGCGCCUCAGAGCGGCGGAGGCGCUGGAGAGCCUGGACUGGCGCUGGCACCAGCGGGCGGCGCUGGAGCAGUGGCAGGCGCUGCUGCUGGACCGCCGCUCCGCCCAGUUCCUGCGCUUCGCGCUGGGCUGCGCCGCCCAGCGCGCCGCCGGUGCGGUGCUGGGUGUUUUCCUGUGCCGCUGGCACAGCGUGUGCCUGGGCCGCCGCGAGGCCAAGGUGGCGGCGGAGCGCGCUGCGCGGCGCAGCGCGUGGCGCCGGCGCAGGCGCAGCACGGCGCAGGCGCUGGAAGCGCCGGCCGGGUGGUGGCUGGCGGGCUUCCUGGCCUUUGUCCUGCAACAGUGGCGGGACGGUGCCAGGCAGGCGCGCAUCCAACAGGUGCUGGAGGAGCAGCUGCAGUCGCGGGAGGCCGCACAGAGCCAACUCAGCGAGAGUCAGCGCGAGCUGCAGGGCCUGCAGGCCGCAAAGCGCCAGGAGGAGGGCGCCUGGGCCAACGAGCGCAGCGACCUGCUGGAGCGGCUGCAGCACCUGCGGGCGGAGCAGCGCAGCGCGCGGGACCAGCUCCAGGCGAUCCUGGCGCGGCGCUCUCAGCUGGUCUGGCCCAAUUGGCCUACUUGA